AUGAAUAGAUUGUUGGAACAACUUCCAGCUAUAAAAUUAUAUUUCCAAUCAGCUGUGCUUACAGAUCGUCUUCUUUCUGCCCAAAGUAUUUUAACAAAAGCCAUGGAACCGACAACAGAAUUAUACUUGGAAUUCCUACGAUUUGCUUUACCAAUAUUCACAGAUUUGAAUAAAGAACUGCAGGCAGAAAAACCAAAGUUGUACUUAUUAUAUGAUCAGAUCUACACAGCAUAUGUGACAAUUUUAGAAUGCUUUAUACAACCGGUUUAUUUAGAACUAACAGAAGAAGAGAUAAACAAAGCCGAAGAUAUAUCUUAA